AGUCAUUCACCACAUGAUCCACGACCACGUCUCUCAGCUUCUCAACAGGCUCAAAUACUAAGCGACGUUCAACAACACCAACAACGGUUCCGUCGACCCCAAGAGUUAUCCGAUACUCGAGGAUCUUUUUCAAACUUCGAGCAAGCCGCUUCGAAACCACAAACUAGUUCAUCUUAUCCAUCUCUAGCAAAAUAUAAAGUAGAUCGAGCAAAACAACAACAGCUUCAGCAAUUGUAUCAACAACAACAACAAGUACAACAGUUGAUACAGGAACAACAACAAAAAAUAGCACAACAACUCAAUAAUCCAAAUUAUCUGAAUGCUCAAACCCAAUUUCAAUCUCAACCUGCUAAACAACAGCAACAAUAUAGCAGCCAAUAUCAAAACAUUAACAAUCACUUUCAAAAUCUCCAACAAGAUCUAUCACAACCUUUAUUCAGUGACCGACAAACGUUACAAUUACAAGAAUAUUUAGAGAAACAACGUGAGUUAGAAUUAUUGCAAAAGCAAAGACAACAAUUAUUGUUGGAACAACAGGAGUUACGAAGACAGCAAGAAUUGCUGAGACUUCAACAACUGCAGAAACUAACCUCUACAACUUCGUUACCCAUUCCAGUCACUUCUCCUAGCACUAUAGAUGUCAGUACUACAGCGACACCUGUACUCGUAUCGUUGCCAACGAGAAAAAUCACUCCAUCGGAAACUGAUCUGUUUCUGAAGGCAAUAGCCACUCAUCAAAAGAAAUAUUCUACCACUACACCAAUUCCACCUAUAACAACGACUAUAAGGACCACAACGACCAACAAAUCUACUUCAACAGUUUCACCCAAGACCCAUCAAGAGAAGGUAACAGUAACUUCGACUAUACCAGAGAAUCUAUUGGGUUUGAUUCAGGAACAACAGAAUCAAUUCAUUCAACAAGAACCAAAACCUCAGAUCAAAAUCAUAUAUCAGACUGAAAAACCAGUGACGUCGAAAAGUGUUACAACAAAAACUAGGUCUACUUCAUUAGGAUCAGAAAGAGAAAUUCUACUGAAACAAUUGAAAUUGGCUCUGGCUCAAUCUGUCGACGAUGAUGCAAGGAAUGUCAGUACGAGAGAUAUCGUGCUUCCUAAUGGGAAAAAAGUUCAACUGAUUGACUCUUCGAACAGCCUAACUUCUAAUAUUCCAACCGAUGGAUCCAUAUUGACUACCUCUACUUUGGCGUUAACUACCUCGACCACGACUAUCAAGCCACCAAAAGCUAUUUUUGAGGAAUUAACAAAGGGUGUGCUUCCUCCUGGAGCAGAUUUUGAAGUCAUUAGACAGAAAAGUGAUGGAAAGUUAGAAGAGAUUGGGAAAACACCGAUUCACAAUCUGCCAGCGAAAAAGGUAACAUUUGUUGUAUUGGAGGAACAACCUGAUGGCAGUUAUAAGGUGCAAGGAGUGAAAGGAAAUGCGGAUAAAGAAGGAACUGAAGUAGAGUCUAUCGUGGAGAAAAUUAAGAAAGGAGAGUUAAAGUUGCCACCAAGUUCGUCGAAUCCGACCACUACUAGUUCGCUUCAAAAUUUCGCGUCUAGUUUGGAUCCAAACACAAUUUCGACGAAACAAAGUAUCGUAACAUCAAUUCAAAGUGGUCCAUAUACUACCUCCAGAUCAACUACUGCGAGAUCUACUUCUGUUUCAUCAAGGUACACCGAAAGGUAAAUAGCAAAGUAUAAUAAAACAAUAAAAAUUAUU